AUGGCGUUUUCUCCAGAUGGCAAGCAGAUCGCCUCACGCUCUUCUGAUAACAGCACCAAACUUUGGGAUAGCAAUCUAAGGGACUUUGGGAAGACAUACCUAAACCAUUCAGCCUGGGUCCAGACUAUGGUGUUUUCUCCAGAUGGCAAGCAGAUCUCUUCAGACUCUUAUAAAACUAUCAAGCUUUGGGAUAGCACAACAGGCGACUUUCAGAAGACACUCAAAGGCCACUCAGACCGGGUCAAUACUAUGGCAUUCUCUCCAGAUGGCAAGCAGAUCGCAUCAGGCUCUACUGAUAGGACCAUCAAGCUUUGGGAUAGCACAACAGGCGACUUUCAGAAGACACUCAAAGGCCACUUAAGCUGGGUCAAUAAUGUGAUAUUCUCUCCAGAUGGCAAGCAGAUCGCAUCAGGCUCUGAUGAUAGGACCAUCAAGCUUUGGGAUAGCACAACAGGCCACCUUCAGAAGACACUCGAAGGCCACUCAGGCUGGGUCAAUACUAUGGCAUUCUCUCCAGAUGGCAAGCAGAUCGCAUCAGGCUCUAGGGAUAACACCAUCAAGCUUUGGGAUAGCACAACAGGCCACCUUCAGAAGACACUCAAAGGCCACUCAGACCGGGUCAAUACUGUGGUAUUCUCUCCAGAUGGCAAGCAGAUCGCAUCAGGCUCUGAUGAUAGGACCAUCAAGCUUUGGGAUAGCACAACAGGCGACCUUCAGAAGACACUCGAAGGCCACUCAGACCGGGUCAAUACUAUGGCAUUCUCUCCAGAUGGCAAGCAGAUCGCAUCAGGCUCUUAUGAUGACACCAUCAAGCUUUGGGAUAGCACAACAGGCCACCUUCAGAAGACACUCGAAGGCCACGCAGACUGGGUCAAUACUGUGGCAUUCUCUCCAGAUUGCAAGCAGAUCGCAUCAGGCUCUGAUGAUAACACCAUCAAGCUUUGGGAUAGCACAACAGGCGACCUUCAGAAGACACUCGAAGGCCACUCAGGCUGGGUCAAUACUGUGAUAUUCUCUCCAGAUGGCAAGCAGAUCGCAUCAGGCUCUGAUGAUAACACCAUCAAGCUUUGGGAUAUUGUAAAGUCUCACAAAACCUCAAGGUUUCUUCGCCAUCUCUUAGGUAGUCGCCUUAAACUCCGAUCACGAAGAGAAAUCGAAACAUCGGAACCAGUGCACAAUCUCAAAUUCUCUGCAGAUAACUUAUUCCUUUUAACAGAUACUGAACGAAUCAGGCUUGAAGAUACUGCGGCAGAAGACCACGAUAGGAGUCCACAUUCUUUACAAAGUUUCAUUGUGAAAGACCAGUGGAUAUGUUAUGGAGUGAUGCCUUUUCUUCGGCUAUCAUCAGAUAUGCAGUUAGCAUGCCACGAUACGCUUGAUGAUCAAGUAGCUAUUGGAUUGAAAAAUGGUCAAGUAUUGAGGAUUGGAUUCGACCGAAGUACUCUGCAUUCUAUGCUAGCGCUAGGCGCUGUUUAA